UGAUGAGUUGAUUUUGAAGCGCCUUUCACAUAAUUUUUAUUUUUUUUAAUUUUUCGUUUUGACGUCAAUAACACCCAAUCCCUCAUCCCAGAAUCCCAUUCCCAAUUAAACCCAUUGUCUGCUGUCUACCUGUCUCGCCAGUCGAUACCACUGCCGCACCAGCCACCAGGGAACAGCACCCGCACUGCCACACCAGCACUGCCGCACCAGCCACUAGGGGCCAGCACCCGCACUGUCGCACCAGCCACUAGCGACUGGCGGUCUUCUACUCUUCCCUCCAAUCUCCAUCAUUAAUUGGACCAUUCCUCUUCUUCUUUAAGCUAAUGGAGUUUAUCAGCCCUGAAGGUCUCCGCUUAGAUGGUCGUCGUCCUUUAGAGAUGAGGCAGCUACGUGCAGAGAUUGGUGUUGUUUCUAAAGCUGAUGGUUCAGCUGUUUUUGAGAUGGGCAACACUAAAGUUAUUGCCGCCGUUUAUGGUCCUAGAGAGGUUGAAAACAAAUCGCAGCAGAUCAACGAUCAGGCAUUGGUGCGCUGCGAGUACACUAUGGCCAAUUUCAGUACUGGAGAUCGUGUAAGGAAACCAAAAGGAGACAGGCGGUCUACAGAAAUAUCAAUGGUUAUUCGGCAAACCAUGGAGUCUUGCAUAAUGACAAACUUAAUGCCUCGUUCGCAGAUUGACAUUUUCGUUCAGGUCCUACAAGCUGAUGGAGGAACUAGAUCUGCAUGCAUAAAUGCAGCUACUUUAGCUCUAGCCGAUGCCGGCAUUCCAAUGUGUGAUCUGGUUACAUCCUGCAGUGCUGGCUAUCUUUGUACCACACCUCUCCUUGAUCUAAACUAUGUUGAAGAUAGUGCUGGUGGUCCAGAUAUUACUGUGGGACUUCUUCCUAAACUGGACAAAGUUACACUUCUCCAGAUGGACUCAAAAUUGCCAUUGGAUACAUUUGAAAGUGUCAUGCAGCUUGCCAUUGAAGGUUGCAAGGCCAUUGCCAAUUACGUUCGAGAAGUAUUGCUUGAGAACACUAAGCAGCAGGAGUAUCGAUGUGGUCUAUAGUUUGCGAGUAGCUGCGAACGCGAUGACCCAUUUCAGAUCAUAGAUGCCGCAUGAUUUUGUUUUGAGAUAGUUUGUAGGCUAUGAGAAUGAUACUUUAGAAUUGUUGCAGAAUAUGGUUCUACAUAGGAAUGGUUUUGAAUUUGAAUGAUGUGAAUUGCUCUUCAAUGGUUCAGUAAUUCAUCAUUUUUUCCCCUUAUAAGGUCUAUUUUUUUGUUAGUCAAUAUAACACCUCUUACUUUUCCAAAAAUGAAGUAUCAAAACUCUAUUGUUGACAUUGGCUAGUAAAUUCAAUGCUAAGGAUUUCGAGUUGGGUGUUUCGGGUUGAUUCAAAAUUGAAUCUAAUGUUCUAAUUGGUUUUUAGCUUUUACGUAAUUGUAAUUUAUUUUAAAGUCGUGUCAAAUUAAAUUUAAGUACGUGGUCGGAUAAAUAUCGAGUUUGUUUUGAACAUCUUUACUUGAAAGUUACUUUUGUCAAACUCGUUGUAAAUAUUUACAUUUUUUCUUGUAUGGUUUGAGCAUUGAAAUUUGUAACUAACACGGGUAUUUAGUUA